AUGCCGAAUUUUAUUUUUCCUUUGCUCUACAGAAAUAAGACACUUUAGAAUCAUGUUGUAUAAACAAUGAUUGCAAAUGAUAAUAUUUUAGUGACUGGUGGUCAACAUGGAGAUAUAGUAAUUUGGAUGUAGAAUCUUAAUCCAAGAAUUGUGAUCUACCCAAACCUUUCAAAUGCAUAUGGAAAAUUAUUAACUAUGAAUUUAGUUAGAAUGUCAUUUCUUAACAUUUUAGAUAGAGCAGAAGAAUGCAUACUCACAAUUCAUGAGGAUAAAAGAAUAAGAAUAUUUGAUUGUCUUGAUGGACGUUGUGUUGGAAUAUCAGCACAUGAUAGUACAGGACCAAUACAAUACUGUAUACCUUUAAGUUCCAAUAAUUGCAGGUUUUUGAUGUUGGGAAUGUAAAAUGGUUUAAGUCUUUUUGAUCUUUGGAAAAUGAGAAGUGUAAAACAAUAUGACUGUAAAGUACGUUCAUUUUGUUAAAUUGAUAUUAAUACUGUAUGUGUAUUCGAUUAGGAAAACUAGUUACAUUUUAUUAAUUUGUCUCCUCUUAAUAAUGAAAGGUAUUUGAAUUAUAAGGAAUUUAAUAAGAAAAGAGAAUAAAUAAAAUUGGAUUUUAAGGAACUAAAAUUAUGUGAUGGAUUAAAGAAACUUAAAAUUGAAGGUAUUUCAUGUAAUCGUAUCAGACAUAUGAGUUUUAAUUAAGAAUAUUAACAUUUGACUAUUUUGAUGCAUAGAUAACUUUAUUUGAUUUUUGAUAUAUUUGAUACACCUUGGAUUAUGUGUAUAAGUUAAUCUAAAAAUAAUUAAAAGUUUACUAAAAUUCAUUAUUCAAAAGAAUAUCUAUAUAUAACUACAAGAAAUGGAGGUCUACUUGGUAUGGAAUACAAAGAUAUAAUAUAUUUAUUAUCUAUUUUAAAGGAACAAAGUGAUUUUGUUUAUGGCUUUAAAGAGUUUUAAUUUACAAAAAUAGCAGGUUCUUAAUUCAGUAGACUUUAAAUUAAUUUCUAAGAAUUAAUAUAAGGUUCUGAAAUUUAGAAAGAGCUUAAUGGUAUAUAUAUAUUAAAGAAUCUUGUAUAUUAAUAUAAAAAUUAGUAUUUAUGUAAAUACAAUUUGAUUGAUGUAACUUUGGAUAUGUCAUUAAUUCGUAUUAACUAACCUGAUUCAGAUAUUAAAUUUAAUGGAUUUAAAUGGUCAUUCAACACAUUUUCUGAUUUAAUAAAGAUUGAAACAUUGAAAUAAGGAUGUAAAUAAGUAGAUGCAUUUGAUUUCACAAAAUCUUAUAAUGAUGAUUUGAUUUGGAAUUUAGGUUAAAUGACUUCCUAAUAAUUUAAAAUUAAAUAUUUACCAUAUAUAAAUAUUGAAACAUAAAUAAGAAGUGCAUUUAUUAGUGUAAAUGAGGAGAGUUAAAUUUAUUGGUUUGGUUGUAGUAAUGGUAUCAUAUUUGGAUUUCCAACAACAUAUAGUAGUAAAUCAUAUUUUAUUUACAGAAUUAAAAUGGAUGAAAAAAUAGUCAAAUUUAUAUAUUAGAAGGGAAGAUAUUUAAUUGCAAGUUCUGAAAGUGGAUAAUUUAUAAUAAUGGAUUAUAAUUUAGUAUUUAAUGAGAAGAUAGGAGAAUAAUAAGUAGAAUUCAUAGAUUUGGAACCAUCAUAGAGAAUUUAUUUUCCAAGUUAUGCAAAAAAAACAAUAAGAAUUCAUAAAUUGGAAAAUGAAUCUUAUGAGGAAAUGUAAACAAAUAAUUAAUAAUAAAAAUUUUAAAAGAUUGCAAUUUUAAUGGAAAAUAAUGUUAUUAUUAUAAUUAAUUUAUAAGAUGGAAGUGUAUCAUUAAAAUUACAUGGAAUAAAUCAAUAAGUUUUAGGAUUAUAUUAUGAAGAUUAAGGAGAUUAAUGGUUUGUUAUAGUUUAAGGAGGAGAAUCAUUGGUAUUUGAUUAUAAGGGAAGAUAUUUGAGAACAUUAAUAAUAGAAUAAUAUCAUUCAUUAUUUCAAGUAGAAAAGAAAUUAAAUAAAGUUAAAGAUAAAAUGAUAAGUCAUCAUCAUUUAAGUGAAUUUAAAAGAGAAUUUAAUAAAUCUAUAAGUAAAGUUUAUUAAUUACUUGAAUUUCAAUAAAGAAAUAAUUAUAUCAAAAUGUAAUCUCCUUAUCCUAGUUUAUAUGAAGUAGGAGGAUAAUUUAAAUAAUGGUAAUUUGAGGCUGAAUAAGCAGCUAAAAUGUUAUAUUUAAUAGAUCAUAAUUCUGUAAAAAAUAAUAUGAGAAUGUGUAAGUUUGUUGAAACAAGUAUAGGUGAAUUAGAAUGGUGGGAUUUAAAGAAAUAAGGAGAUAAUCAUAAUUAAAAUAGAUUAUUUUUAAUGUUACAUCCUUGGGAGGCUGAUGCUCAAUUAAGUACAUAAUUAGAUUAGAUAUUGAAUUAUUAGAAACCAACAUUCUCUCCUUUGAUAGGUGUUUAAUCAAUGGGUUAUUGUGUUAGUUUUGCAUUAUCUCGUGGCUGGGAUGUUUCACCACAUUUUACUUCUUAAAGAGCUAUGUCAUUAAUGCAUUUCUAUUUGUCUUAUUUAUCCAAAGAAGCAUAAGUAUUUAAUUAAUUAAUGAUACAAACUGUUGAAUUGUUAACAAAAAAGAAAUAAUUAUUAGAUUUAAAUUUUAAGUCUAUGGAUUUAUUUUUGUUAGCAUAAUACACUAUUGAUGAAUCUAAUGAAGUCAUGAAUGCCGCAUGUAAUUUAAUACUUUCAUAAAUUAGAAAGUCUGAUUAAGAUAUGCAUGAAUAGCAUAAAUUAAUUAGAGAGCUGCUAGAUUUAAAUAAAGAGCAGAAAGGACAUGCUUUUUCAAAUGUGGAAGUAAUACUACUUAUGUUAGAAUCCUAUUUAACAGGAAUGUGUUAGACUCUCUAAUAAAGUGAAGAUUAAAAGAGAAGAGUGAUUUAAGGAUUAAAUCUCAAAAAUUGUAUUGUAAAUCCUCACCUUUGUGCUCCUCUUCUAAAAGUCUUUGUUGAUGUCUAAUAACAUUUUAGAAAUUCAUACAAUCCAUAAGAAAUUUUUAAAAAUCUAUUUUUCAUUUUUUUUCAAUAUAACACUGUAAUAGAUUAUUCAGAAAUUCUAACUUAAGGUGGUUAAUAAAUGCAAUUAAUUAAUUUAUUAAAAGAAAUUAGUAAGUAAUCAGAAGAUAUGAAAAAAAGAAUGAGACAACUAACUGCUAAAAGUAUCAUCUAAGUUGCCAUUUCGGCUCCAUUAGAAUUUACUAAAAUCUUAAAUAAAGAUAUUGUGAAUUUAGAAACUCAUUUUUUAUAUCCUUCAUCUAUAAUUGAAAUCAUUAGAAAUUACAUCAAAUCAUAACAUAAUAAUAUCCAUAAACAAUUACCAUUUCUUAUGGAUAUCAUUCUAAAAAGUCUUGAUCCAAAUAAUCCUAAUUUAAGGAAAGUUUGUCAUAGAUCUGCUACAUAUGCUUUAUAAACUAUUUGCAAAACCUUUAAAUGUGUUUGUUUCCAUCAACAAACUUAAAAAAUAGCUAUUGGAGAUACUUAAAUUAUUAUCUAUGACUUGAGAACUGCUGUUAAAUGGAGAGUCUUGGAUGGACAUAGUGGUUAAGUUAAUUGUCUAGAAUUCGACCAUACAGGUAAAUAGUUGGCAAGUUUUAGUGAUACUGAUUGGAAGAUCAAAAUAUGGAAAGUUGGAUCUACAGGGUAUGGAGAUUAAACUAUCUAAUUAGAUUCUUUGGAGCCAUUAUCGGUAUACAAGGGAAACCAGCUAAAGAUAUAACUGUUAAGUAAUAGCCUUUAAAUCAUCCCCAAAUCUAAUGGUCAUAAGAUGAUAGCAAAACAUAUUUAAUGUCAAAUGGACAAUUAGUUGUAUAAUGUCAGGUAUGA